AUGCACGCGCGAACAUCAGCUGCUGCCCUUGCGGCCAUCUUAGCCAUGCUUGUCCCGCAAGCGACCGCGGAGCAGACAACCCUGCAAGUAUGGAUUCCUAUGGUACCGCUGGACAACCCAGGGUUCUAUGACGAGGUGGAAGCCAUCGUCGAGACUAUCACAAACGACCAAACUCUGCUCGGCAUACGGUACAAGGGCACCGGUGCGCCAGAGGACUACCCUAUUCAGACCAUCACCGUCGGCCAGAGUACUUUCAGAUUCUCAGCAACUGCCGACCCCGAGCACUACAUCUCGUCCACCGUUGUGGAUUGCACCCUGACCGGCUGCCCUACCGCUACGACAGGCACGUGCGUCCUUAUCGACAGCACCUCAGGAGAAGGCCUCGCCACGACCACCGAAACGGUCGAUGCCUCCCGCCUGUCCUUUUAUGCUAUUUCCCUCGUCACACCCUUGCCCGACGCCGCCGCUCCCGAGUGUGGUACCGAAAACGCCGACAGAACCACGCUGACUGGCACGAGGCUCCCAAGUAGCACUGAGAACGGCAGUGGCGCCGGCGCGACCGAGACUGGCGCGGCAGGCCCCGAUAGCGCGGCAUCGAAGGUUGUUGGUUCGUGGGGCGCGAUUGCGGCUGUCGCGGCGCUAGCUCUUGCCGCCUAG